CUUCCACCCCAGGCGUCCUCCUCCCCCUUCAUCUCCUUCCUCCCCUUCCUCCCCGCAGACCCCUCAUCCCCUCCAGGGUUGAGGUGGGAAGAUCGGAAUUAGACUGGGAGGCCGGGAGCCUUCCCUUGAGGCCAAUUGUCUGGGAGGGAGGUGGCAGGGAGAGGGGGCCUCCUGCAAGCCUCAGCGCCUCGGUGGGUCCCUUCUGGGGGAUUAUCGAGGCUCUAUGAAUUUUAUGUGUUUUUUUAACUUCAAAAAGGCUUUCACAGCUGCACCCCCCAAAAAGCCUGCUUUACAGCUACACCCCCAAAAAGCCCCCCCAAAAAGGCUGCUUUACAGCUGCACCCCCCCAAAAAAGCUGUUUUACAGCUACACCCCCCCAAAAAGGCUUUUACAGCUGCACCUCCCAAAAAGGCUGCUUUACAGCUGCAUCCCCCAAAAAGGCUGCUUUGCAGCUGCACCCCCCAAAAAGGCUGUUUUACAGCUGCACCCCCCAAAAAGGCUGUUUUACAGCUGCACCCCCCAAAAAGGCUGCUUUACAGCUACGCCCCCCAAAAAGGCUGCUUUACAGCUACACUCCCCAAAAAACUGGUUUACAGCUACACUCCCCAGAAAAGCUGCUUUACAGCUGCAACCCCCAAAAAGGCUGCUUUACAAGUACACCCCCCAAAAGAGCUGUUUUACAGCUACACCCCCCCCCCCCCCCAAAAGGCGGGGGGUGGGGAGCUUCUGCGUCUCCUCCUCCUGCUGCCUCCUCCUCCUCGUCGUCGUCGUCGUCUGGUCCUGUUCCUCCUCCCCUUUCUGGCCCGGCGGUGCUGCAGCCCCGCAGUAUGAGGCGGUGCGGGCUGCUCAGGCCGCUGGGGGGGCUGCUCCUCCGGGGGAUUUGAAGGGAGACCCCAGCGGGGGCGACACAUCACUCCCUCACAUCGCUUCAUCCGACACGGACACAGACACCGAGAGAGAGAUUGCCCUUUUCCCCCCGACCCGAUCCGACCCGAUCCGACCCGACCCGACCCGCCCCUCUUCUCUCCACCUGAAAGAACGUGGCUAUUAUAUGAAGACCUCGUGUGGACAGUAAUGACCGCACGCUUCCGAUUGCCUGCUGGCAGAACCUACAAUGUCCGAGCAUCAGAGCUGGCACGAGACAGACAGCACACAGAGGUGGCCUGCAACGUCCUUCUCCUGGAUAACACUGUACAAGCAUUCCGAGUUAACAAACAUGAUCAGGGACAGGUUCUGUUGGAUAUAGUCUUCACACACCUUGAUUUGACUGAAAGAGAUUAUUUUGGUUUACAGUUGGCUGAUGAUUCCACAGAUAACCCAAGGUGGCUGGAUCCAAACAAACCAAUAAGGAAGCAGUUAAAGAAAAUGCUUUUAUUAAUUCUAGGAGGAUCUCCUUACAGUUUGAACUUUAGAGUCAAAUUUUUUGUAAGUGAUCCCAACAAGCUACAAGAAGAAUACACAAGGUACCAGUAUUUUUUGCAAAUUAAACAAGACAUUCUUACUGGAAGGUUGCCCUGCCCUUAUAAUUCUGCUGCCCUUUUGGCUUCUUAUGCCGUUCAGUCUGAACUGGGAGAUUACAACCAUUCAGAGAAUUUGCCAGGCUACCUCUCGGAUUAUUCUUUCGUUCCUAGCCAACCUCAAGACUUUGAAAAAGAAGUAGCAAAAUUGCAUCAGCAACAUACGGGCUUGUCUCCUGCAGAAGCAGAAUUCAAUUAUCUCAAUACAGCACGAACCUUAGAACUCUAUGGAGUUGAAUUGCACUAUGCAAGGGAUCAAAGUAACAAUGAAAUUAUGAUUGGAGUGAUGUCAGGAGGAAUACUAAUUUAUAAGAACAGGGUACGAAUUAACACCUUUCCAUGGUUGAAGAUUGUAAAAAUUUCUUUUAAGUGCAAGCAGUUUUUUAUUCAACUUAGAAAAGAAUUGCACGAAUCCAGAGAAACAUUAUUGGGAUUCAACAUGGUGAAUUACAGAGCAUGUAAGAAUUUGUGGAAAGCCUGUGUAGAACACCAUACAUUCUUUCGUUUGGAGAGACCACUUCCGCCUCAGAAGAACUUUUUUGCACAUUAUUUUACCUUGGGCUCAAAGUUCCGGUACUGUGGGAGGACAGAAGUCCAGUCUGUACAGUAUGGAAAAGAAAAAGCAAACAAAGACAGGGUAUUUGCAAGGUCCCCAAGUAAACCUUUGGCCCGGAAGUUGAUGAGCGGGAUGGAUUGGGAGGUAGUGAGCCGGAAUUCAUUAUCGGAUGACCGGUUAGAAACACAGAGCUUACCAUCACGCUCGCCGCCUGGAACCCCAAAUCAUCGCAGCUCUGCAUUGACCCAAGAAGGAAGCCGGUUACGACCAUCUUCAGUCGGGCAUUUAGUUGACCAUGUAGUCCAUCCCUCCCCAAGUGACGUUUUUGCCAAUCACAGAUCUCCAUCAUCCACCCAGGCUAAUAGCAUCAUCCUGGAAUCAUCACCAUCUCAGGAUACUCCUGUAGAUGGCCAGCCUCCCGCAUUGCCGCCCAAGCAGUCGAAGAAGAACAGUUGGAACCAAAUUGACCAUUCAUCCUCCCAGCAAGAACUGGAUAACCAUAUUCAUGAAACAUUUGAUGUUCCUUCUUCCCCUGAAAAAUCCACACCCAAUGGUGGUAUUCCCCAGGACAAUCUUGUUCUAAUCAGAAUGAAACCUGAUGAAAGUGGAAGGUUUGGCUUCAAUGUAAAGGGAGGAUAUGAUCAGAAGAUGCCUGUGAUAGUGUCCAGGGUAGCUCCAGGAACAUCCGCAGACCUCUGCGUCCCUCGCUUGAACGAAGGGGAUCAGGUUGUACUGAUCAAUGGCAGGGACAUAGCGGCGCAUACCCACGAUCAAGUGGUUAUGUUCAUCAAAGCUAGUUGCGAGAGACACUCAGGGGAACUUGUGCUCCUAGUUCGGCCUAACGCCGUCUACGACGUGGUAGAGGAAAAGCUGGAAAGCGAACCCGACUUCCAGUACAUUCCUGAGAAAUCUCCUCUAGACGGUGUCCAUCAAGAUGACAACGCUCUGAAAGAGUCUAUGAUCCAGCUUGCCGAUGGGCUUGUCACUGGAACAGUCCUGAUGCAGUUUGAUCAACUGUACAGGAAAAAGCCUGGAAUGACAAUGUCUUGUGCCAAAUUACCUCAAAACAUUUCCAAAAAUAGAUACAGAGACAUUUCGCCUUAUGAUGCUACACGGGUCAUUUUAAAGGGCAAUGAUGACUACAUCAAUGCAAAUUAUAUAAAUAUGGAAAUCCCUUCUUCCAGCAUUAUCAAUCAAUACAUCGCCUGUCAGGGGCCAUUACCGAACACUUGUCCAGAUUUCUGGCAGAUGACGUGGGAACAAGGCUCCUCCAUGGUUGUGAUGCUGACCACACAGAUCGAGCGGGGCCGAGUCAAGUGCCACCAGUAUUGGCCAGAACCCCCAGGCAGCUCAUCUUAUGGAAAUUACGAAGUCACCUGUCAUUCAGAAGAAGGAAAUACUGCUUAUGUCUUCAGGAAGAUGACACUAUGUAAUCUAGAGAAAAACGAGAGUCGUCAGCUCACCCAGAUCCAGUACAUCGCCUGGCCUGACCAUGGAGUCCCAGAUGAUUCCAGUGACUUCCUAGAUUUUGUUUGUCACGUACGAAACAAGAGGGCUGGCAGAGAAGAGCCUGUUGUUGUACAUUGCAGUGCCGGGAUUGGACGGACAGGAGUUCUCAUCACUAUGGAAACAGCUAUGUGUCUCAUCGAGUGCAGUCAACCAGUCUAUCCACUAGAUAUUGUAAGGACAAUGAGAGAUCAAAGAGCCAUGAUGAUCCAGACACCUAGUCAAUACAGAUUUGUCUGUGAAGCGAUUUUGAAGGUUUACGAAGAAGGAUUUGUUAAACCUUUAAAGACGGCACUGCCCGAAUAAGAGAGUGAAGGGGCCGGGAUCCAUAUUUGAAAAUCCCUACCAUUUUAAACUGGCUGUAUUCACUGUGGCGUAAUACUGCUUGCAGGAAAUGGUCUCUGAGAACAAUGAAGAAUUGACAAAGGACUUUGAAAACUUCAGCACUGUUGCACUUUAUGUUGAAACAAAAGUCGGUCUCUGAAACACUAUAACUCAUCUGUUGGAAGACAGUUAUUUCACACGUUGCUCCAGACAAAGAGUGAAUGAACUGAGUGUGUUCAGGGUAAUUUAUGAAAUUUCCUGGUCGUGCCAUACAGUCCCCUUCUGGUUGAAUUGCUACAAACAAAAUUGUCGCCGUCUGUGCUACACCCGUCUGUCUUGAAAACUUACAAAAGACAACAUCAGGCCUAAGCCACAGUCUUUCGUUUCCAGUGCUUCAUCUCUGUGCCGUGUGGCUUUUGUCUUUUCCACCGUUAGCAAUACGAUUCUGAACGUUAGCCAACGCUACACUGCCCUCUGAUGCCGCCCGUCUAUGCCCCGUACUCCUUCCUCCCAGUACCGACCUGUCGGGGGUGGAUUGAAAGGGGGAAUGAGCUUUUCUUGAGAAAAUGCUGCCCCUUGGCCCAUUUAGCCAGCAUCUGAUAACAGGCAUCGAUCCGAACCUCUGUCUCGGGACCAGGUUGGGGAACGAGCAUCAGUUUUCCGAGUCCCAGAGUCGGUUUGUUCCUGAUCACUCGACCUAGCAUCCCAGAAUGGAAAUGAAUGCAUGGAUUGUGUCUUAACCCCUCAAGUGCCUUGAGACUUCCCCUCUGUCCAAUGAAAAGGCACGCAUAUGACCCCGUGGGGAGAUAUGAUAGUGUACGUGACGCCGUUUUAUGCAUUUUUGAAGGAGUUCUUGUUUUUUGGGGAAAAAAACCAGCAAAAAACAAAAAAAAAUAAACAGCCUCCAAUAUUGGGAGUGCGUGGUCCUGCAAAGCAAACUAGAAAAUGCCAUUCCUUGCUUUCUUACUCAGUUUUGGAGCUUAAGCAUUGGGAACAAAACUCCCCUAUUUUCUACUGAGUGUGAGAGAGCACUCUGCUGCUAUGAAAUUGUUGAACAUUUGGUACGUACCUUUGGUUUGGCUACUUCUUACCAGCCUAGCGGGAGAAGCCACCAGGCUCUUGGAAUUUGUUUAUUGGAAUCCAUCUCCGGUUUAGGAAAACGGUCCGACUCUCUGGCUAUUCAGCCUAAAACAGACUGAUUUCCUACAGCGUAAUGUGUAAUGACCGGUUGAGGUUCUUUCCCGUCACCCACCAAAAUACUAUUCUUCCGAGUUUGGUUCCCAGCAGAUUUCAAAUGAUGUUCACACUGGACUGUUGGUCUUUUUGUGUUGCCUUUUCCGUGAAAUGCUGUCCGUUUACUUCAGAAUUUUGUCCAGUUCCCUUGAAAACUGUGGUUGUGUUUUUCCUGUCCUUUGUUGUACAAUUAAAUUGCUCCAGUUUCUAUGUAUUGUUUCUUAUUUGAAUCCUGAGCAUUUUCUUGGUGAGGUUUAUAUCUGUUCAACUGAUACAGUAUCCGAGCUCACUUUAAGGUUGUGUGUGUUUGUGUCAUUUCCUCUUUUCUGUACGUCUCCUUGGUUUGCUUGGGGAGAAGCUAUUUCAAAAAAGUGGCCCAGGUCGAUAUCUGUAGGACUGAGUCACCUCUCCGAUUGUUUUAUCAAAACCAAACUGUUCACCUCUGAGGCUUGACAAAUGGUUUCUGAAGAUGACUCUCCCCAGUGCAUCAAACUAUUAAUGAAAAGUGGAGAUUUCAGUGGUGGGAAAUUCUAAAAUACUCUUAAAAUGAGAGAAUGCUUGCCUAGGGUAAGAGUCUUUAAUGUUUAGUUUUAAUCGAAUUUCAUUCUCAAAUAUUCAAUCCUCAUGAAAAUUAAUUCAAGUGCAUUAAGCUCCUAUGGCAAAUUUGUAUAAACAUCAAGAUGACAGAUGGAUGAUAAAUAGAAUAUUAAACAUUUUUAAAGGUUAAGAGAAAAUGAA